AUGGGGGAUUUAGGGUUUCUCAAGGUCUCGCCAUGGAAGAAGAUUUUGAGGUUUGGUUGCAAAGGUAAGCUAAGCCCUAGGUUUAUUGGGCCAUACUGUAUUCAUGACGUUUUCCACAUCUCGAUGUUGAGACACUACCGCUCUGAUCCCAGGCACAUUAUUUCGGUGGAGGAGAUUGAGGUUAGGCCAGAUCUAACAUUUGAAGAGGAGCCGGUUCAAAUUUUAGAUCAUGACAUUAAGGUUCUACGAAGAAAAAUUAUUCCUUUAGUAAAGGCGCUGUGGCGGAAUCAUAGCACUGAGGAGGCCACUUGGGAGCUGAAGGAGUCGAUGCGUCAGCAAUACCCUCACCUUUUCUGA